AUGCCUAGGAGGGAACCUGAAAGCCACGGAGGCAGCCUCCAGGCUCGCCAAGACCUAAAAUCACGGAAGGCGGGGACGUCCGUAGCAGGACGGGGCCGAGAAUCUUCAGAGCAGGCCAGCAUGGCUACAACGCCGCUGGAGAGGCAGAUGGGAGGUGGACGGCAGCUCAGGGAGAGACUAAGUGUGCAAGAGGCCAGAUUUUUCAACUCGAAAGCCAGAGCGCCCCAGGAAGGAGGAACCCCAUAUGACUGUACUAGGAGCACGAACGACUCAGCCAGGCAAGACUCCGAGGCCCAGGUCCACUGUGGUGGAGACCGAGGGCCCGCUCAGCCUCCUUCCAACCCAGGGAUCGGACCCGCUCAGCCAAAUCAGGCCUCGGCGCCCAACACCGUUCGCGCUGUGGGCCCCGGCGCGCCGAGAACGGACGCGCGGGUGCGACCAAUCAGCGGACGCCGAGCCUCAGGCUGCCCUCGCUUCCCGGAGCGGUCAGGCCCGGCCCUGAGGCGGCGUGCCGGGAGGCGCCGGCGCGCGGCCUCCAGGAGAGGCCCGGACCCACUUCCCAGAGCUCGUCCCCCGCCCUCAGCAGCGCCCCCGCGGCCACCCUGCUCACUCCGUGCCUCACCUCGUGCGGACACCGAGACCGAGACGGGAAUCCCAAGCAAGAGCUGCACCCGACACUACCCACUCCUUGCCGCUGCUCCGCCUCACAUUCAAACCCCGGCAAAAUGGCGCGGCGGCAAAGGUGGCGGCCACAGCGCAUGUGCGAGUGAGGCCGAGACACGGGGCGGGGCCAGGGAUGCUUUGGGCCCACCCCGACUGGAAGGGCCAAUCGUAACGCAGCUCUGGCCUGCAGUGACGUCGCAAGACACCGUGUCCUUUGACGCAGGCUGCUGGUUUGGAUUUCUGAGCUCAGACCAAGGCGUGUUCUACAAGUGGCUCAUAGUGGCUUUUAACUGUUGGAUGGACUGUGCUCGUUCCCGUCAGAGAAGGGAGAGACCGUCCAUCCUAAGACAAGCAGAAAAACCGAAUGACUCCAUCCAUUUGUCUGCAAAUUUCAAGAUGCAUUUCCUACUGUACUCCAUGGGAAGAUCAUCAUUACUUUAUCUGGAUUCAGAAGGGCAUGGGUAUAUCUGCUUGUGCUUGCAGAGAACAAGCCUUCUUUUGGCUCUAUCACACAUUUAAAGCCCAACUACGAUGAAAGAGUGGCCAUCACUAAAAUCAAGAAGCAUCCAUUGGGGUUUUGUUUGUUUUAAAUAGAGGCAGAGGACUAGAGAGAGAGAGCUUAGCAGUUAAGAGUUGUUGCUGCUUUUGAAGAAGAUGAGUUCAGAUCCCAGCACCACUCAGUGCCUGAUAACUGACUGUAACUCUAGUUCCAUGGGUCCAACGCCCUCUUCUGGUCUCCACAGGCACUGCACUCAUGUGAUACACAAAUACAUUCAGGCGAAACACCCAUUAGCGUUGCAUCAAAUAAGAAUAAAUUUUUUAACAAUAAAGAGGGGCCUUUAGUUCUUACUGAGUACAGUCAAUGUGGCAGAAACACCCCACCAUCCAGCUCAGGAUGUGAGCUGGAUAGAAAAAAAUGAUGUGAUGUCUCUAUUCUCUGCUUCUACUUAGGUUGGUUUUGGUUUUGAUUUUGAGACAGUGACUCACUCUGUAGCCCGGACCGG